CCACAAGUACCAAGUCAGGCAUGUCAUACUUUUUGUAACAAAAGAAAAACUUAUCCAAUCAUGCUGUCAAAUUAUCAAAACACCACGAACUGUCACCCGAACACAUGUCGCAUGUCAAACUAUGCUCAAACUCAAAGUAACCGCCCCCGUUUACAAGAGAUUCCUGGCCAGGCGGCUAUCUGUGAGCAGGAAUGACCGGACUGUUUGCUGGCCCAAGCCCGACUAUGGGCCUAUGGAGGUGAUGCGGUCGGACCUCAUGAAUGGCAUCAAGGUAGCCUCCGCGAAGCCUUUGGGCGCGCAGAUCGGAGCUUGCACUAUCAUGUAUCAGGCCGGUUCCCGCUACGAAUGGGACGACCAAAUCGGCGCCAGCCACUUCCUCCGCGCACUAUCCUCGGGCUCGGGCUGCGGCUACUCCGCGUACAUGAAGGCGCGCUACCUUCAGCAGUGCGGCGCCGCCAUCACCUGCACCUCCGACCGCCAGUCCAUCGCCUACACGCUGCGCUGCCCCGUCUCCUGCUUCCCUGACCUGAAGAAUGUCUUGCUGGAUGCCGCUCAAAGGUGUUGCUACCACCAAUGGGAGAUCGACGACCGAAAGCCAUUAGUCCGAGAUGACCUAGAGAGACGGCAUCCAGAGCAGAUCGUGAUGGAUUUGGUCCAGCGAGCGGCCUUCGCGGGACCUCUGGCUAAUUCGGUGUUCUGUGAGGACGAGCGAAUAGGCGGCAUGUCGCAGGAAACGCUGCAGUGCUUCGCGCAGACGAACUUCAUAUCGGUGCGAUGCUCGGUCGGCAGUGUCGGAGUGCCGUUUGAAGAAACCCUUAGGAUGGCUGAGAGGAUCGAGUUGAGACGAGAGCGGCCUCCCGACCCGUGCACUCCUCCCACGUUCCCCAAGAGUGGCUACGAGUACCACGACCUGGGCUCCGGCAGCGACACGUGGAUCGCGCUCGCUGUGCCCGGGUGCAGCAGCUGCGACAUCUCGUGCCUGCUGAAGCACUCGAUAGUAGCCGCGGCGUGCGGCACCGGCAACAUCCAGCUGGGCCAGCACGACAUGGACCGCACGCCGCAGCCGCCGCUCGGGCUCAUGGCCGGCAACGACAUCUACACCGACUACAAGGCCUUCAAUUUGUCCUAUUUCGAUCAAGGAAUCUUUGGUGUCCUAGCAAAGACCCGGUCGUGUACGGCCAAGCAGGCGGCCCUGUGCGCAGCGGAGUUCCUGGUGAAUGUCGGAGAUCUGGACUUCAAGCAGAUUGAAGUGGGCAAGAAGCGGCUUAAGGUAAGCCUUGCCCUUCACGAUGAGGACUGCGUGAAGGUGAGCGAGGGCCUGGCGCUGCAGGUGGCCAACAAUAUGCAAAUCGAUAGCGCCAAGAACUCCAUGUGCAUGGUCGACCUCAUACCGGCGGACGAGGUCUGCGCGACUGCUAAAGUGCUGUCCAGUAAAAGUAGAUGUAUGUCAGUGGCGGUGGUGGGUGACAUAGGCGCAGUACCGGAAGGGCGAGAGUUAUUAUGUGGUUUUUAAAUUAUUACUAUUAUUUAUAUAUUUUUAUGACAGUUUAAUAAAAUGAAUCGCUA